UAGUUUCAAGCACCUAACGUACCACGACAAAAACAACAAAUUCUUAACUUAUGUAACAUAAAAUUUUAUGUAAAUUACUGUCGGGUACAUCAUUACAGGAUGGAAGAUGAUGAAAAUCAAGAAAAACCAAAAAAAUUCUUCAGUCAAGAGGUAUGGAAGGAACCAUGUUUCAGAGAUACAAUGAUAGUUGGUAGUUCUAGUGGACUUAUAAGUGGUCUUGCUACUUUUAUAUUUACAAGUAGUGGACGAAAAAUGUUUCAUGCAUCAUUUCUAGGAUUUUUGGUACCAUAUAUUGGUUAUGGAACUUUUUGUUGGUACACCACAUCAAAACAGCAGGCAUACAUAGACAAAAUAAACGAAACAAUAGCAAAAAUAGACAAAGAUGAACCAAUAUAGACAUACUGUGCCAUUUCAAUAAUUGUAUGUUACAGUUUAUGUAAUAUGAUGGGAUGUGAUCCUGAAACAUUACUUGCCUUGGAUGAGGAUGCAUUUUACAAACUCAUGUUAUUUUAUAUGUUCAUUAUUGAUGUGCCAAACUGUUGUUUUGUCAACUGUCAACACUUAAGUACACAAAUACACUUGUGUUACAAUAUUCAAUGUGAAAUACAAGAAGAUUUUUGUUUUGAGAGUUUUUUUGUAGAUUCAUUAUUGGCUUAGGUAAAUUUGAAUCUCUAAAGUUUAUUGUAGAUAACUUUGAUUGAUUUUUAUUCAUGUAGAUUAAAAUGGUUAAUCAUAAUUACAAUUAGGCAAAGUUUUGUAAAUUGUCUUUAAAACUAUCAAUUUGAGAGUGAAGUAUUAAGCCUGAUAUCUAAAAAUUGUGAAAUUACAACACUUUUUGAUGCAAAUUAUGUUUUUAUUUUAUUGAUUGGUGUCUUAAAUAAAGAAUGUCAGUCAUUUGGAUGAAUUGUCAACUAUGCUUUGUUGGGUAUAUUAGAACGACCCUUUUUCUGAACUUAUAAAUUUGUAGUUCAUUAAGUAAUUAUAUAAAUUCAUGAUUUAAAGUAUGAAUUGCAGACAAACUUUAGUAAAAAGAAUUGAUACUUCUAAUCUGACAUCAUGUUUUGUUUUGUUUUAAAAUAUAAAAAAACAAAAUUUUUGUUUA